CCCAUACGUGAGAGAGACGUUAUUCCACUCUGUGUGUGUGGCACUCAAAUAUUGAGGAAGUCAAGAAACUUCAGGAAAUGGACGAUAUGUGGAUGGCUAUGCUUGGAGGAUUUGUACCUGUAUCAACGAUGAAUAAUGGGAUCUAAUGCCUUCAAGUCAGUGUUCGUGGACAGGAUCGAGGGAGACAUAUCGGGACUAAAACAAGAUGCUAGCUUCUUUGCUAGCUUGCUCUUUGAUGUUUGUUUCUCCGACCUAACGUUACUGUUGAGGUUAUGAUUUCUGGAACAAUAUUUACUAUUUUCAAGUCCUCUUUCUUCGAUUUUCUAUUCUUUAUUUAAUAGAGUAACGUAACUCAAAUGGACAACUUUACCAGGUGUUAUUUAGCGUUUUGCUAACGGUACAUUACUUAACUGACUUUAGAGGUAGCUGUUGGUGUUAACCCUAGCAAGAGAAUUAGUUAAGCUAAUUACCACAACGUUAGCUCAAAAGUCACGGAAUACCCAGAGUAACGCUACACAGUUUACAUGGCAGUGACUAACAUAAACGGCUUGCUUUGUUGUUACACAACUGUUACGUCGCAAUAAAUGUUAAUAGUGUUAAUAUAUUUGCAAUUAUUUGUUCUGACGAAACGACGAAACCGUCACCUUUACAUUUAAAAAUAAUGUAUCUUCUACCAUGACAAAACGUACUAUUUUACUCAUAGAAAAUAAGUAGUUUAUUACUAGGUAACUAAACGUUAACAUAACAUGCUUUAUAUAAACCUCGUAACGACUACCUCAGCGGAUGGGACUGAAGAAAGAGCUACUAUGUGACAUUUGAGGCACCUUUUUGUAUGUGUCAAUAAUUCAGUUUCCCCCAACAUAGCUCCUUGAAUGGCUAAAUGUCUUCCAUUAGGGCAGGAGAGUUGACACAUCUGUAGGUAGUUAAGUUUUCCAGAACAACCUCAUCAAGUGUAGCUCAUAACUACUAGAUAUGCGUCUUUCCUCAGUUUUGGCCCUGUUCAGGCCUGCUUUACCCCUUAUCCUUGGGCUGUCUCUGGGAUGUAGUUUGAGCCUUUUAAUGGUGUCCUGGACACAAGGUGAUACCGAUGACUCCUGUGGAGAUGAACUGGGCAACGGGAGACUUUUUAUGGGCAGAGGAGAUGCCCAGAGAGACUCGAGAGAUGGUGCUGGAGAGGAAGACUUCCAGCCACGUAUCAUUCCAUAUCACAAGGACCCAAACAAGCCCCACAAGAAAGUCCUAAGGACUCGCUAUAUCCACACAGAACUGGGCAUCAGAGAGCGGCUGCUGGCGGGAGUUCUGACCUCCCGGGCUACCCUCAACACACUGGCCGUGGCGGUGAAUCGCACCAUUGCCCACCACUUCCAUCGCACCUUUUUCUUCACAGGCCUGCGCAGCCCUAAGGUGCCUCAUGGCAUGACUGUGGUUGCCCACGGCGACGACCGUCCAGUUUGGCUGAUGUACGAGACAGUGCGUCACCUCCAUCGGCACUACGGCUCUGACUAUGACUGGUUCCUUCUAUCCCAGGAUGACACCUACAUACAAGCAAAUCGUCUGACAGAGCUGGUGGGCCACCUCAGUGCAGGUCAGGACCUGUAUAUGGGCAGGGCGGAGGAGUUUAUAGGUGGAGAAGAGAAAGCACGCUAUUGCCACGGCGGCUAUGGCUACCUGCUGUCCCGCAGUCUGCUAGCACGUCUGCAACCCCACCUUGACACCUGCCGCAAUGACAUCCUCAGUGUGAGGCCUGAUGAGUGGCUGGGUCGCUGCAUUAUUGAUUACCUGGGUCUCAGUUGCGUGGAGGUUCACCAGGAGAUGACAUAUCGUUACUUUGAGCUCGGGAAAAAUGCAGAUCCAGAGCGUGAAGAUAGCAUACAGUUUAAAAAUGCCUUCACAGUUCAUCCUAUAUCGGAACCAAACCUCAUGUACCGCCUACACAAACGCUUCAGUCAGAUUGAGCUGGAAAGGACUUACCAACAGAUUCAACAUCUGCAGGUGCAGAUCAACAACCUGAGUGAUUUGACGCCAGAGGGUAAAGCUGGAGUCACAUGGCCUAUUGGAAUCAACGCUCCCUUCAAACCGAAAACCCGCUUUGAAGUUAUAAACUGGGAGUACUUUACCGAAGAGCAUAUUUACUCGUGCAUUGACAGCUCCCCGAAGUGUGAGAUGAGAGGGGCUGACCGUGCGGAUGUAAACGCAGUUCUGGAGAUCGCAGUGGAGCGUCUGAAUGAACGCUACCAGCCCCAGCUACGCUUCCACAAGCGCCGCCUACUUAACGGUUACCGGCGGUUUGACCCCACGCGUGGAAUGGAGUAUGUUCUGGACCUUGCGCUGGAGGCAUACACCCAGAAAGGCCACAGUCAAGUCAUUGCCAAACGGGUUAACUUAUUGCGGCCUUUAAGCGCAGUGGAAAUCAUCCCAAUGCCCUAUGUGACGGAGGCGACGCGUGUGCAGGUCAUCCUCCCCGUCACCGCCCAGGAUCAGGACUUUGUUGGUAACUUCCUCGACAUGUACGUGAUGAACACGUUGGACACCCAUGACAAUGUUCUACUGACGUUCCUGUUCAUCUACGAUCCUUUUGAUGCUCAGAGAGUCAGCCAGACAGAUGUGUUUGCCGGCAUCAAGGCCAUGAUCGGGGAGGUGGAGAAGCGUUACGGUGACGUGAAGAUCCCCUGGAUCAGCGUGAAGACGGAGGUGCCCUCACAAGUCAAGCUGAUGGACAUCAUCUCCAAGAAGCACCCAGUGGACACGCUGUUUUUCCUCGCCAGCGUGUGGACAGAGGUCAACGCCGACUUCCUGAACCGCUGCAGAAUGAACGCUAUCAGCAACUGGCAGAUCUUCUUCCCCAUCCACUUCCAGGAGUACAGUCCCGCCGUCAUGUACCGCGACCAGCAGCCCUCUGCGGCCUCCUCCUCUUUCACUUCUGAGUCGCUGCGAGACGGACACUUUGACCGGCAAGUCUUCGACGAGGCUUGUUUUUACAAUGCUGACUACAUGACCGCGAGGACCAAGAUGGCAGCUGACAUCUUGGACAACGAGGAGCUGCUGGAAAGCAUGGACGUGUAUGACAUAUUUGUCCGUUACUCGGGCCUACAUGUGUUCAGAGCCGUAGAGCCCGCGCUGAUCCAGAAAUACGUGCGGCGAGCGUGCAACCCACGAUUCAGCGAGGAUAUCUACCACCGCUGUGUCCUCAGCAACCUGGAGGGCCUGGGCUCCCGCUCACAUCUAGCUAUGGCUAUUUUUGAACAAGAGCAAGCCAACAGCACCUAAGAGACUUGUUGGGUGCACCACAAAAAUACUGCCUUGACUAAAGGAUACUCACGCAGAAUAAUGUGAAUAAUAAUAUGGGAACUUAGUGAUCCAUAUACUGUAAUUCACGCCCUUGUAUUUUGCAGAAAGAGAUUGAGGCUAAAGCUAAAGAAAACGUAGGAAAACACAACACUUUAACAGAGCAAAUGUGUUGUGAUGCGUCAGUUCCUACAGCUGAAAAUCUCUCUCAUUACUUCUGACUUACGAGUCAAUAACUGACUGUCGUGACUCGUGUCUAGAUGAACUCUGAGUCAUGGAGGCGUCCGAACGUCGACUACUGUCACUUGUAUCCCUGCCAUUGAUGUAUUCUUAUAAGAGCUGAGCAAAACAUAUUUAUACUCCAAUUCUAUGAGGUUGUGUCUUGAUAGCAAAUGAACAAAGGCCUUCUUUGUUGAGGGAAAACCUUGAGCCAUAAGUCUUCCUUAUUUGAAGAUGUUUAAAAUGAUACUGGUAACAAGCUGAAGCCGCUGGCUGCCUUUUCUUUUUUUUAAAGAGGUAUUAAAGAGUGAUAUUUAC